CGUCCUUCCUCAACGCCCGCCGUGGUCAACUUCGUGUCGGCGACUGCUGUGGCAGACUUUGGCGCGCACUUCCUUCAAAGGGGGUUGUCUAACUUUUGAUGGAAUCCAGCUGUUGUCAAAAUACUCUGGGGCCCCGUUUAUUUGCAUAGCUAAACAAUCUGUAGAGAGUACGGAGUGUCUAGAAACGGAACACUUCGUAUUGUAAGACACUCCCCCUUUACUUGGUCAAUGCACUGUUGCUUUAGGUCGACGGAAGAGCGCCUAACCAAAGCCAGGUGUUGGUUUUCGCGUUAACACGCUGACUGGGGGAGGCGAGGACGCCACAUUUACGCAUUGAUCCUGCACAUCUGUGGAGGUAGUGCGGAGUUCUGCACUCUUUUACAGACGGACUUCUUGGGCCGCUUUAAACGUGAUUUCAAGGGGGAUCCCAAGGACUCAUAAAAACAUGUUAUUUGCAAUACGUGGCUCAAGUUCCCCGCCAUAUGAGAGAAUGCUGACAGUUCUUGCAUUUGCGUUAUGUUGCAUUCACUCUGGAAAAGCUCAGACUUGCACUGAAGGUUUCGCAUAUGACCGGCGGAGCAGGCAAUGCAUUGAUGUGGAUGAGUGCCGGACGGUGCCAGAUGCCUGUCGGCUGGACAUGCGUUGCGUCAAUCAGAACGGUGGUUACUUGUGCCUCCCGCGCAGCCUGUAUACUCAGUCCUAUGCCAGGCCUGAGGGCCCCGCCUACCCUGAGGGCCCUGCUUACCCGGAGGGCCCCGCUUACCCGGACACAUCGGUGGGCUUCGGCGAUCCCCAGUUUGCCCCACCGCCUCCAGGGCCCGUGGCUCCAAGCUACCCCAUAGUGAGCCGCACAGCGCCCUGCGUCCUUGGCUACUCGCUCGGAGAGGAUGGCACCUGCGUUGACAUCGAUGAGUGUGAGGUCAACACUCACCAGUGCAACCCCACCCAAGUGUGCUUCAACACGGACGGAGGAUACACCUGCUCCUGCACAGAGGGCUACUGGCUGGUCAGUGGACAGUGUCAAGAUAUCGACGAGUGUCGCUAUGGUUACUGCCAGCAGCUGUGUGCCAAUGUGCCAGGGUCGUACUCCUGCUCCUGCAACCCCGGCUUCCUGAUCAACCCGGACAGCAGGACGUGCUCAGAUAUUGAUGAGUGUGCAGACGAGCCGUGCUCCCACGCCUGCUUCAACACCUACGGCUCCUACAUGUGCAACUGCGAUGAGGGCUUUGAGCUCGGCUCUGAUGGCACCUCCUGCAACGAUCUGGAUGAGUGCAGCUUCUCAGACUUCCUGUGCCAGCACACGUGCGUGAACACGCCCGGCUCCUUCUCCUGCAUCUGCCCGCCGGGAUAUUAUGUGUUUGAGGAUGGCAGAAGCUGUGAAGACGUCAAUGAAUGUGACACUGGUAACAACACCUGUACAACAGCACAAGUGUGUUUCAAUUUCCAGGGAGGGUAUACAUGUCUGGACCCUUUACAAUGUGAACCGCCUUACAUUGAAUUUGGUGACAAUCAGUGUAUGUGCUCAGCUGAGAACCCAGCAUGCAGGAAUAAGCCCUUUACUGUCCUGUACCGGCACAUGGACCUGUCCUCAGGUCGCAGUGUGCCCGCCGACAUCUUCCAGAUGCAGGCCACCACGCGCUACCCUGGGGCCUUCUACAUCUUCCAGAUCAAGUCGGGCAACGAGGGCCGAGAGUUUUACAUGCGGCAAACCAGCAACGUCAGUGCCACCUUGGUGCUGUCUCGACCCAUUCGGGGGCCCAGAGAAGUGGUCUUGGACCUGGAGAUGGUCACAGUCAACAACGUGAUCAACUUCCGAGGGAGCUCAAUCAUCCGGCUCACAAUAUAUGUCUCAGAGCACCCCUUCUAAAGGCCUUUGCUGUGUGUGUCCGACCACCCAGUUCUAUUCCCUAACACUCACAACUCAACCUGGUUCCCUCAACUUCAGUCCGUAACUCUGCCAGGACAAGGCAUCAGGCAGCUCAGUUUGUCCAUUUGAUAUACUAAUCUGCAUUUUCUUUCAACUAUAAUUUUGUUUUAUGUGUGAAUGUAUGAGUGAGUAUGUCAGUAUGAGUGCUGGGGACCCUCCAGUCUCCCAACAACUGGACACUGUAUUACAAGGCUGCCUGCUCAAGAGCACUUCAUCUUCCAAGCUGAAGGAUAUUUAUGUAUAAGUAACGUAAGUUUGUUUGUGUCUGUUACCCCACACCUCAAAUUGCUUUUUUUUAUUUUUUAUAUUAAGCCAAAUGUCUAACUGUUGCCAAAGAUGAAAGAAGAAAUUGCCUUUUUGUCUUGUUAUUAUUCACCUGGGUUUGCCUCAAUAUCUGUUUCCCUUUACCUUUUGGUGAAUGAACUGUGAAAGCAUUUUUAUCACAUAACAGUUUGCCUGUGCUUGGCAGUGGCCUUUUAGUUAAACAUUAUGGGUGAGAAAUGAAGUCAGUAUUAUCUUUGUUGACAGGCCAUAUUACGUGAUUCUGAUUGUAAUAAUUAUUGAAAAUCUCCCUUCCAAAUGAUUUUUUUAUUGUGUUGUGGACAUAUGUUUUUAUUUUGUUUGUUUGAUUUGUUUUUUUUAAUUAUGUCCCCCCAGAGUGCCUGGUCAGUGUAAUAAAGAUGUACUUGACCU